CAAACUUUACAUGCAACUAAUUGGUUCCUGUCCCUAAUAUCUUCUCCACAAUGUUAGCAUCUGCAUGGGACUAGAGCCAUAUAAAUGAUAUAAAAUAUAUAAUGUAGAUAACACUUUACUCUCUUAUUUAAAGCCACCCUAAUUGGUAUUAUCGGCACUUAUUGAUUCCCUUUGUCAAGAGCAAAGUAUUCAUUGAUGGAGGGAGAUCAACAAGGCUCUCAUUACUCUUUUCCACCUGGCUUCAGAUUCCACCCUUCUGAUGAAGAACUCAUAGUUCAUUACUUGCAAAACAAAAUCAGUUCACGUCCACUUCCAGCAUCUAUCAUAGCUGAAAUAGAUCUCUAUAAGUAUAACCCGUGGGAGCUACCUAAUAAGUCUUUGUUUGGGGAGGAAGAGUGGUAUUUCUUUAGCCCGAGAGACAGAAAGUACCCAAAUGGGUUGAGGCCAAACAGGGCAGCAGCCUCAGGAUACUGGAAAGCAACUGGAACUGACAAGCCAAUUCUUUCUUCAAGUGGAUCAAAGCGCAUAGGAGUGAAGAAAGCUCUGGUGUUUUAUUCAGGUCGACCUCCUAAGGGAUCUAAGACGGAUUGGAUAAUGAAUGAAUAUAGAUUGAUUGACACAGCCACUUCAUCCUCCAGGCUAAAAGGCUCCAUGCGGUUGGAUGACUGGGUAUUAUGCCGGGUUCGACAUAAAGGCUACUCUUUGAAGAAUUCAUGUGAAAAUCAAGAGAAUCCUAGUGAACUAAACUUGCCGGCAAAACUAGCAAGCAGUGAAGAGUACCCAACAAACAUGAACGGUCGGGUUGACAUGAUCACUGAUUAUCAAUUCAAAGACUAUCAGAUCAUAGCCUCUAUUCUUGUUGGUGGACCAAUACCUCCCACUGAAAACAUGCCAAAUCUGAGCCUUAAGGGCUGCAAAAGCAACAAUCUAUUUUCAGUUUAUGAAGAUGGUUCCUCUAAAGUGAAUUCUCAAACGACAAUUCCUUCUUUCGACAGUUAUUUCAACCCUCUCACAAGAAAAUCUAAUGAAGAUGAACAGUAUGGAAAUCUCAUUUCUUUUAAGGACGCAUCUCCUAGCAAGGUGUUGAACCGUAGAGAAUUGAACUGCUACAACCAAAGCCAGUCUCAAGAUGACAUUUUCAAUGGGAACGCACCAGAUCCUAGCAUCAAUUUUCAAGAGCUAAACGAAUUAGCCUUCACAGGCAGGUACCCUCAGUGAUGAAGGUACUUAUCAUAAGGCAGUCAACGUUCCUUUACUUCACAUGUAGAUUUUCAUGGAUUAACAACUUGAGACGUAGAAGUAACCGGAAAGGUGAUAGGCCCGCAAUAUUCAGGCAACUUAUUGCUCUAUUUCAUUAUGUAUGGUUAACAUGGGGGCAGUAACUAGACAUAGCAGGUUCCAUGUAUUUAUGAAAUUCCUUUAAAACAAUGUAAAUAAUGCCCCGGCCAGUGAAAACAAUGUAAACCUCGAGCGUGCACUGUGUCAGUUCAACUAGAACUUUAUCCUACCUAGUAAUGAUAAACUGUAGAUACCAUUUGUAUAUCUCCAACCUACAGGAGUUGUGUGUUAUUUCAAAAUAAUA